GCCAAGUUUCACACGGAGCCCGCGCCUGCUCUUCGUUACUUCCCGCCUGCCGCUUCUAAUUGACCGACCCACACAGGGUGGUGGCAUCGCGUUGGACGCACAUGACAAUGCACAGUCACUCGAAGCGCAAAGCAUCCACGAGUGUGCCAGUGCAGAGCGAGCCACCGGUGGGAAAGCAUGCAACCACCAACACGUUCACAUCCCACAUCUUGUACUCAAAACCCAUCGUUUUGGACGAUUUCCACCGCAGCACAGGGGACGUACCGCCACUGCAUGACCCCAACGGCAUCUUGGGCGACAUGACGCGGCACAUGUCUGGCUUGAGCUUGGCGUCCAUGGACUCCCCCGCCGAGGAAUAUUACCGCGCGUCAUUCACGAGCGAUCGGAGCCUCUAUGCGCCGGACAGCACGCGGUCCGCGCUUAUCAGCGAGCGCAGCAGCAGUACCGCGCUCAACAGCAGCCGUAGCAGCAUGCCCCUCAGCGACUUCUUGACGGAAACCGACGUGGGGAUGGUGGCGUCGACACCGCGGCGGUUUCCCACGCCCAUCGUGCCAAAGGACGAACGGCCAGCGCAGCCUGACGAAGAGCGCGACUUUUACGAAAAGCAAUGGAUGCUCAACUUCCAGCACUCGACCGUCCAGACCACCGUAGUUCCCGACACGGUGUACAUCCCGCCGGGAGAGCAAGGCCAGCUCGUUCGCAUUUCAGGGUACUCCUUGGCCAGCGGGGCCAAAGUCGGCGGCCCCACCCCCAAGCCGUCGACAUCGUCCAAUCGUCCGUAUGUGGUCUUCCGCCUCGAAGUCGAGUGCUCGGCCAAUAACAAACGAUGGACUGUCUAUCGUCGGUACCAUGAUUUCAAGCAGCUGGCGGGGCAAUUGAAGAGCAUGGGCUAUCGCAUUCCAUCGUUGCCGUCGCGGCAAUUGAGCAUUCGCCGGUCGUUCGCAAUGGCGUUCCUUCGAAAACGUCAGGGGGACUUGGAAGGGUGGCUGCAGGUGGUGCUGUCGAUUCCGGCACCGUCGGUGGCGUCGUGUAGCCCUGCCAUGACACCCGCCGUGCGCAUGUUUCUGAUUAAAGAGGCCAACCAACCCCCCGCCCUGGAAACAGGCACGCAGGGUUUUUCGUACAACGAGCCCGAGACAACCAAGGUAUCGUUGUUUGCGGCGUUGCAAAUGACCCCACCCCAGCCGUCGCAUCAUCACAAUCGGUCGUUGACGAGGUCGGGCAGCAGUGCUACUACCACGACGAAAAGCGCGGCCACCAAGAACCGCCACGCCACGUUGUUUCUGCAUCAGACGGAACCUACGAAGCCCCAAAAACGACUCACGGGUCGAAGCGUGGAUGACUCGAUGGGGGGGUUCAACUUUUUGUCCAAGUCGUCUUCGUAUGCAGACAGCCACAGCAUGAGCAGCGGCGGCGCCUCCCGGUCCACCCUGUCGACGCGACCCGUGAAAACCCGCCAAGUGGAGCCGUACUACGGCACAACUACCAGAGGGGACCACAACAAACCAUCGACCGACGACUUUGAACCGCUGCGAUUCAUCGGCCAAGGCAGCUUUGGCCGCGUUUUGCUCGUGCGCAAGAAGCGCCAAAACCAACUGUUUGCAAUGAAGAUCCUGUCCAAGCAGUCGGUGGUGCAAAAGGAACAGGUGGAGCACACGCGUACUGAACGCAACGUGUUGGGAUCGAUCGACCAUCCGUUUAUUGUACGCCUGCACUAUGCGUUUCAAUCGGACACGCAGCUGUUUUUUAUAUUGGACUAUUGCCCAGGCGGGGACUUGUUCUUCCACUUGAGUCGAUUCGGGUGUUUUCCCGAACCCGUGGCCAAAUUUUAUGCGGCGGAAAUCUCACUCGCCCUGGUCCAUUUGCACGAACAUGGCAUCGUGUAUCGAGAUUUGAAGCCUGAAAACAUCAUGUUGGACGUCGACGGCCACGUCAAGUUGGCCGACUUUGGCUUGGCCAAGCAAGGCAUUUCGAAUCGACUCGAUGGCACCAACACCAUGUGCGGCACCCCCGAGUACCUCCCCCCGGAGAUCCUCAACAAGAAAGGCCACGGCAACGCCGUCGACUGGUGGAACCUCGGCAUGGUGCUGUACGAACUGCUCGCGGGGCGGCCGCCGUGGUAUACGACCGAGCGCGACGAGCUGUACCGCCGCCUCCGGUCGUCCCCCCUCGAGUUUCCUCCAGGGAUGAGUGUGGAAGCGAUGGAUUUGAUCGCCGGACUCCUGGAGCGAGACCCCGCGCAGCGUCUCCGCGCCGCGCAGGUGCUCGCGCAUCCGUUCUUCACGGGCAUUCCGUGGGAGUUGCUCUUGGAUCGGGAGGUAGAGCCGCCGUUUCGGCCGUGCCAGUUUAGCGACCCGCUGGAUGCUGUCAACUUUGAAGACGAUUUCACCAACCUGCCGGUGCAUCUGGCCAUGGAAGACGAAGGCCAAGGGUGUCUGGUGCAGAAGCCACAUGCCAAGACCACCACCGCACCCAACGGAGUUCGAAGCAGCAGCAGCAGCAGCACCAGCAGCAAUGUUGUGGGACGAGGCAACUCGUGUCGAAACAUGUCGUACACGUUCCAAGGGUUUACGUUCGACGGUGACUUGGGCCUUGAAGGCGGCGGCGACCUCUUGGCCACUACGCCACCGUCGCUUUAACACGUACAAUGAGCACGUUCGCAGUCGUGUUUAGUGUGUAGUAAUAAGUAGUACUACAUAGUAGGUGAGAGGCACCUUGACCAUUGGCCAGUGGAUGCGUUGUUACUGUGAACAAAAUGCAGGCUGCACUGGGGCUGACAAACAUGAAACUGUCG